UCCUAUGGAAUCAAAUGAUACAUUUGAUUCAUCAUCAGUUAUUCUAUCAAAAACUGAAGAAAAUUUUACAAAACUAAUGAAUCAAAUUCAUAAUCAAUAUAAAAAUAAAAAUCAUAAAAAAACAAACAAAUUAAUUGCUGAUAUUGAAGAUAUACUUAAAUUUAUAAUUCAUGAAGAAAUCACAUAUGAAUAUUUGCAAAAUGAAAUAAAAAUAAACAAUCAACAAAAUCAAUCAAAACAAUUAAGAAAAAAAAAUAGAAAUCAAAAUCAAACAAUUCAAAUAUUACCAUAUGAAAAUACAUAUCAGCAAUUCUAUUAUCCCAAUCAAUUUAUACCAAUCGAACAAGCAAUGAUUGAUAAAAUUGUUUAUGGUGUACAAGCUAUGACAGCAGCAUUGACUAAUACAAAAGAUAUUGAAGAUGUUUUAAAUGGUAUUGUUAUGUUAACUGAUCAAUCAACUUCUUCAUUUUCAGAUCAAAUAAAUAAUAAAAUAGCUAAUGAACUGAUGAAUGCAACACAAAAACAAGGUUAUACAAUCAAUCGUGAACGAAUACAUGUUCGUAUGGCAUUAGAUUUAAUUUUAGUUGAUAAUCGUUUAAAUGGUAAAACAAUGCUAUUUCAAUCAGAAUCAAUUAUUUUAUCUCGUAUAAUUCGAAAAAUCUAUCUAUGUACACAAGUACGAACAUUAUGUUCAUAUGGUGAUGUAAUUACAAUAAUUAAUGAUACUGACUAUCAUCAAAUACGUUUUCGUACAUAUAAACGAAUGUCAUUAUCAUUGGAUGAAUUUAUUGAAAUUCUCGGUGAAAUGUAUCAUACAUCUUAUGAUACAAUUGAAACAAUAAAAUAUUAUUUAGAUGCAAAUGAUAUUAUUGAUCUUGAUACAAAUCUUAUUCACUCAUCAAUAUUAACAUCAAAACAAAUAGAUGAUAUAAUUAAAUAUAUUGUACGUGAAGAUGCUAUAAGCCAAUUAUUAAAAUUAAUAUUUAAUCGAACAUUUAAUAGUGAUAGUCAUAUUGAUUAUGAAUAUCGACAAUUUAAAUUAAAUCUUCCAAUGAAAUUGAAUGAUUUAUAUCAAACAAAUAAAAAAUUAAAUGGUUUUAGUAAGUUGAAUGGAGAAUAA